CGUGAAAACAUGAUUACUCAUGCCCAAUAGAGGAAGUGUUGCUGGGUUAUCUACCAAAUUUAUUCAUUUUUUGAGGGUUCAGUUUAAGGUCUCGACCGGCGACUGCCAGCUUGUUGGGGUGGUCGGGCUUGUAUAUCACAAUGACCCAACGAGCUACAUGAACUGAAACUUGUUCCUUGAGGUCUUAACAUCCUAGAAAGUACUGUUGAGUAUCAGACAAAAAGCGGUUGCUGUCAUAGUCCUAAUUACUCCCCUAUGAUGGAGGUCCGAGUGUGAAGUCGUACUGCUAGCUGAACGAGGAUUUAAUUUCAGUAAGGUGUUCCUCUUGAAUGCCCAGCAGUGCCACGGUGAUGCCAUCUUCGCCUUAGGAAAGGAAGUUAGAAAAGGUCGGCCCUAAAAGUAGCUCUCUACUCCUUGUCAUACGGUGUUCUGGUACCGACAGUAAAGGUUUUUCUUAUCCGGCGUUAAAACAAUUAAAUCUGAAAAUACCAAUUCAACAAGUACUGUGCGUGACAAACACCCAGCAGAGAUCUUAUGGGCUGCGCCGCGAUGCGGGUACUCUGCGGGAAUAAAUUCCGCUGCACGGGCAGCCCGAAAAUACCAACUACCUGAACGCUUCUGAUAGUAUGCAAAACUCAGUCAAACAUAAUGUAUCUCCUCCUUUGCCUUUACUUCCUGAUAUCAUUACUUAGCCUCUGACAACUUCCUCAACCUCUCACUCUGCUACUGUUGCUGACGACCAGGGCAAGGGAAACUCCGUUCGUUAUCUCCUAAAACCCUGCUAUAUGUUUCACAUUACAGCCUUCAAUAUCCGAACUCUAUGGCAAAUAGGACAAUAGAACUCUAAAAUCUCAAGCCAUAUAUGUAACUUGUGUUUCUGAAACACGUAUCCAGGAUCCGAGUAUGUUUAUUUUCUUUGACCUCACCUGACCAUGGUGGUUAAUCUUCAAAAUUCACCCUACGAGUGUCCGGAGACACUGGUUCUCGUUGACUUGGGGUCAGCAUAGGAUUGAGUUGUAGAGCAGAAGGUGCACUUCUCAACUGAAUACCAGUCAUUGGCCAUCUGUAUGCUGUCUUACCAAAUGGAUCUGUAAGAACUGGGAAUGGUCGUUAUACUUGUCGAUGUCUGUUCAGCAUGAUCGCCUACACACUGACCAACUGCAGUUCGGACGUUCAGAUGUAGUUGUAGCAGCAGGUGGUUUCAACGCUCAAAUGAGAAGGCUGAGUCAGAUAAAAAAAAGCAUCCUCGAGGUUUCGACAGACUCCCGUGUCAACAGACUGGCAACGGUUAUCGUCUGUUGUAAUUCCUUUUUGACAUUCACUCGUUUUUCGCCAGCACUAACUUCAAGAAUAAGGAGAGAUACUGUCUCACUUGGUAUUCAUUAACAUGAAACCAACGAUGGUCACAUAGAUCAUACUACUGCAAGCCAUCAUUGAAGAGCGCCGAUGAAGGAUUAUCCCUCUUCCUGGAGUGCCUGUUUGGACUCCGUCUACGUGUUAGUACGGGCACAUAUAUAUUUCCACCUUACUAGUGGAAAACAGGUGACAGUAAGGCAUAUGUACCCGAUUAGAAGUUAAGGACGUCAAGUGCAUAUUUAGGAAGGUGUUGGCGAAGUAGGCAAUGCAGAAUUUUCUGAACUCUCUGAACAGAAAUCUGAGUUUCUUUUGUCAUGCGUUUCGCACUGAUAAAAUGCAAAGUGGUUUCAGGUCUGGUGCACGCCGACUUCCGGUCUAAGAAUGCCGAGUGAAGUGUUAGAAUACAGUGACCACGCCUCUUACUUGAGGAGUUGCGUCAGCCCGAAUGGUCUGGUUGGUGAAAUCUCAGCUCGGAUACAGAAGACUCGUUUGCAUUUGCCAACGUGCGUCAUCUCUGGCACUGACUGGCAAGAUAUCUGACUAUCUGUUAAAGGACGAGUAUAAUUCGCGACAGUUUGCUGUCUCAUUUUACGACUGAGAGUCGUUUACAGUAGAUAUGGAGAAAGUACAGGUUUUCUAAGCGUCUUUGUAACAUUGUUCAGGUAUUUUAGAGUCACUGUGUGAGCAAUGUAGAGGUUACGUGAAUGGUACUGGGCAAGACAGGCGAAGUCAGUCGAUAAGAACCCUCAGCGACUGAGGUGGCUUGGAAAUGCCUCACGCAUGCUGAGCCACCGCCUACCUCGACAUACAAUGUUAGCCGAAGUGGGAUAGGUUUGGAAGAGGAGUCAGGAUGGCCAGACAGACAUAACACUAGUCUAUGAAGUAUUUGACUGUUGGUUUUUAGCUGUGACAGGUUCUCAAGAUGAUAGAAAUCAGUGGUUGGAGGUCAUCGGUGACGUGGCUCUAAGUUGGUUGCAAUGGUGGGAGUAUAUUCACUCUUUGACGUUUUCUGAAGCUUGAAUGUUUUGACUAACCUUCAUUUCCAAAUUAUUUCUCCCAUACACCUUUGUCUACUUUGAUAUCAAUCUUUUUCUACCCACUUGUCCAUUGCGUGCUACUGUGAAGUAACGCAACUUGGACCGAUGCACUUCUGUGCUAGGUUCCACGUUGAUUUUUUAUGUCAGGCUAAACAAGAAUGAAUUUGUUCAUUUCUCCACCGAGUUGUUGAUUUCCGGUUAGUUCCUUUUUUUGAUAAGUUUAAAUAAUCAAACCUUCAUGAAAUCAUUGCUUUCAAUUUGCGUGUUAUCCAUUGAAUUGAUCUGAAGAAGAUUGAAAUCCCUUGGAGUAUGAUUAUGUGCUUAUUGUAGUCUAAAAGAGGGAUCACCAGCACCUAACACUUAAGUUCUAACGACAGUAUCCUAGUGGCUAUUUAUAUUUUGUGCUACAUGCUUUACCGCGAUCACUGACAGUGGCUUUUCUUUAGGUUUUAACAGGUGAUACCAUUGUUAUUCGUGAUCGUCCGGUUGAUGGUCCACCUCCAGAACGGAUUAUCGUGCUAUCUAACAUAUCCUGUGGUCGUGUUGCUCGUCGGCCUACUGUAGGAAAUCCUGCUGGUGUACCAGAAGAUCCAUUCGCCUGGAGGCAAGAGAGUUCGUUCGUUCUCUGUUGGUCGGAAAAGAGGUCUGUUACUCUGUUGAGACAGAACUACCUUCUGGUCGCAAGUAUGGUUGUGUUUACAUAGGUAGAAAUACAAAUGGUGAGAGUGUUGCAUUAUCAUUGGUAGAACAGGGUUUGGCUGAAGUGAGGAGGCUAAACCCUACGUUAGCUGACAAGAACAAAGUUUACCAGCAACUUUUAACUGCUCAAGAACAAGCUAAAUCACUUGGCAAGGGUCGCUGGUCUUCUAUACCUGCUCAUACAAGGACAAUCCUUUGGUCUGUUGAGGAUAUACGGGGCUUUCUUGAGAAGUACAAAAGCCAACCACUGAAAGCUAUCGUCGAAAAUGUCAGAGAUGGCUGUUCUUUACAGGUGUUCGUUCUACCUGAAUCCCUUCAUGAAGAACCCAAUACGUAUGUAUAUCUUACAGUUGCAAUAUCCGGUAUAAAGUCACCUUCAAUACGCUACGAAGAUGGAAAAAUGGUAACUGAACCAUGGGGUCAUGAUGCACUAUUCUUUGUCGAGUCGAGAUUGCUUCAAAGAGACAUUACUGUUGUGUUAGAGUCUAUAUUCAACCAAAACUUUGUGGGUAGCAUACUUCAUCCAAAUGGAAAUAUUGCAGAACUGCUGUUGCGUCAAGGUUUGGCCCGGUGUAUUGACUGGAAUCUUAAUAUGGUCAGUAUUCCAGGCGGUGCUGAAGCAUAUCGAGCAGCUGAACGAUUUGCUAAGGAGAAGCGUUUACGUUUAUGGGAAGAUUACCAACCUACUCAAACAACAGAAGUAUAUGUGGAAAAUGUGAAGACAGUUGUUCCAGGGAAGAUAUAUAGUGGAUAUAUAUGCGAAGUUGGUAAUGGUGACAACGUUUCUGUCAAGUGUUCAGAUGGCGUUCAUAAGUUUUUCCUGUCCAGUAUAAGAGCACCUCGUCCUCAGGCUACUGGGAAAGAAGAAGAGACUACAGUCCAGCGUUCUCGUAUUCGUCCUCUCUAUGAUAUACCAUAUGUGUUUGAAGCCAGAGAAGUACUCCGGCAAUUUAUCGGGAAGAAUGUAACGGCUCUUGUUGACUAUAUCCAACCAAAAACACAAAACACAGUGGAUGAGCGUAUUUGUGCUACCGUUCAGGCUGAUGGCAUCAAUCUUGCCCUUUUUUUGGUUUCAAAAGGUCUGGCUUCUGUUAUUCGUUAUCGUAAUGCUAAUGAUUCUCGGACCAUGAUUUAUACUGAUCUUCUUGCGGCAGAAGAAAAUGCUCAAUCUAAGGGACUUGGAAUGUUUAGUAAACAAGAUCCCCCAGUUCAUCGUGUCGCUGAUCUCACAGGUAAUCCGGCUAAAUCACGACAAUUUUUGUCAUUUUUACAACGUGCUGAACGUUUAGAUGGAUUAGUUGAAUUUGUAUUCAGUGCAAGUAGAUUUCGAGUUUAUAUACCUCGAGAAACUUGUAUCAUUACACUAUUAUUGUGUGGUAUUCAAUGUCCUCGUCGUGGAAGAGUUGGUCCAGAUGGUGUUGCUCUACCAGAUAUGCCAUUCAGUAAUGAAGCUUAUGCAUUUACAAAAGAUUCAUGUAUGCAGCGUGAUGUUGAAAUUAAAGUUGAAGCAAUCGACAGAGUGGGAAAUUUUGUUGGUUGGCUUUUCUUAGAUUCUCCUUCAUCUUCAACUAACAAUACUAAUGGAUCGGAUAUAAAUAAAUCAGGAAAGAAGAAAAAAAAACCUGCAGAAAUGACAACUGUUAAACAAAAAAUAAAUCUUAGCCUUUUACUUAUAUCUCAAGGUUUUGGUACAGUUCAUCGUGCACCUGCAACUGAACGUUCACCAUACUAUCAUGAUAUGAUAAAGGCUGAAGAAGAUGCUAAGAUCAACCGAUAUGGUUUGUGGUCAUCUGAUGAAUUUGUCAAAGAAUGGGAGGCUGAAGUCAACAAUUCUGAUUUGACUGCACUAAAUGGUACUGAAGAUGGUAAUCUCAUACCAAUUACAGGUGUUUCAGAAUAUUUGGAUGAUUUAUCAGAACUACAGAUUACUGAAGAUAGUGAUCCUACAUCUGCGAAUGAUAGUAACGCAAAUAAGCAGUUGUCAUGGAAGCCAGCUCAAGUAACUGGGAUCUCCAAACCAGCCUCUGGUAGUCAAGGUCUUCGAUUUUUUGCACAACAUCUAUCAGAUGCAGCCACUCUAAUUAAAAUUAGUCAGGCGCUAAAUAGCCAAUCAUUCCCUUCAUUUCCACCAGAGCAUUAUCCUAAGAAAGGUAGUCUAUGUAUUGCUUGCUUCAGUUUGGAUAAUUGUUGGUACCGUGCUCGUGUUAUUCGCAGUUCACCCAAGUCAAUAUCAGUUCAAUUCAUCGAUUUCGGUAAUGAAGAAGUUAUUGAAGCUGCUGAAUUCUCAUCACGACUUUCUCCACUUCCAUCUGGAUCACUUAUGCAACUUCCACCACAGGUUAAAGAAUAUCGAUUAGCAUUCGUACAACUGCCACCAGAUGCUGCGGAUCGCGCUUUUUCAGAACGUGCCUUCUGUGAUCUUGUUGAGAAUAAAGAGGUGCGGUUGGCUGUUCAGUACGAGUCUGUACCUUGUGGAAAUGAAUCAGUGAAACCCGUUCCAGCUGUAACACUAUUACUUUCAACUGUGGAUUGUGGUUCUUCGGGAUCAUCUUGCUCGAAUGACAUUGAUAUAAGUGAGUCUUUAUUGUCUAACGGUUUGGUAUGCGUUGAACCGAUUCAACCUAUGUUACUUAAACGACUACCGCGUAACCUGCUUCACAAAUACUUGAACGCUCAAGCUUUAGCGAAGAAAGAACGUAAGAAUAUAUGGCGAUAUGGUGACUUUCGUGCUGAUGUCGACCAAUUAUAACACGUUUUGGCUUAAUGAUAAGAACGAAAAGCCACGUUUCUACCUUUUGACUUGCAGCAGCUAACCUUCUACCAUUGUUCUUUUUAUUUUCUCAUUGAAAAUGUGUAAUGUGUUAAUGACCCAUGUCUGUAUUGAAAUGAUGAAUGUCUUUAGGAUUUAUAUGUUUAUGUGUAAUUCUUACAAGUGGAGACAGCACAAACUGCAGUUCUCUUCUUGUUCUCUUAUCACUUAUAACUUUCUAGUAUAUUUAUUCUCAUGUAUAAUUAGUAGGAUAGUGUUAAGACAGUUUGCUAUCAAAAACUGAUAUUACCUUUGUCUGUGUAGGCUGUUUGAUUUCAUACUCCAUACUUUGUCUAAUCUCUUGUAUUUUCUGUUUUCAAACAUGCACACACACACACACACAUACAUGCACAUAAUUUGUAUUCAGAGCCAUACCUAAAUGAUGUUUGCCAAUAAUGCUCGUUGUACUAAAUUAUGUUUGUCUGUGAAUUUUUUGUGUUUACUCAGUGGAAAUAUUUGUUUGAAAUAAACUGAUGAUUUUGUCUUGGAU